CUUUUUCACACUUUUAUUAUCAAGACAUCAUGUUUCUCUCUCCUUUGGUUUCUUUACUUUUUCUCGCAGCAGCAUUGCUGUGCUGCAACACUCAAGGUGCUGAAUCGACUAACAAAAUCGGAAAUGGCUACCGUCUAAUCUCCGUUCAAGACUCCCCUGAUGGUGGUCUCGUGGGUCAUCUCCAAGUCAAAGAAAAGAACAGUGUUUAUGGCCCUGAUAUUCCCCUGUUGCAACUCUACGUUAAGCAUGAAACAAAUGGGAGAUUAAGGGUACAUAUGACUGAUGCAAAGAAGCAAAGAUGGGAAGUUCCUUACAAUCUUCUACCAAGAGCCCAACCACCUAGCUUAAAACCAACCAUUACCAGGUCACUAAACAAGCCUACAAUAUUUUCACUGGACACUUCAAACACUGACUUAAUUUUCAGCUACACCAAAGACCCAUUCACCUUUGCAGUGACAAGAAAAUCAAAUGGCCAGACCCUUUUCAAUUCAUCAAGCACUUUGGUUUUUAAAGACCAAUAUCUCGAAAUUUCGACCACAUUGCCUAAAGAUGCAUCCCUGUAUGGCCUAGGAGAAAAUACACAGCCUCAUGGAAUCAAACUCUAUCCAAAUGAGCCUUACACAUUGUUCACAACAGAUAUCUCAGCAAUUAAUUUGAAUACAGAUCUUUACGGGUCUCAUCCGGUUUAUAUGGACUUGAGAAAUGUGGGUGGUGAGGCUCAAGCCCAUGCAGUUUUGUUACUGAAUAGUAAUGGAAUGGAUGUGGUUUAUACAGGGACUUCUUUGACAUAUAAGGUGAUUGGGGGUGUUUUCGACUUUUACUUCUUUUCGGGGCCAACUCCACUUGGUGUGGUGGAUCAGUAUACUGAGUUUGUGGGGAGACCUGCUGCAAUGCCUUACUGGUCAUUAGGAUUUCACCAAUGCCGAUGGGGCUACCAUAACCUGUCUGUAGUUGAAGAUGUUGUUGACAACUACAAGAAAGCUCAAAUCCCACUUGAUGUGAUCUGGAAUGAUGACGAUCAUAUGGAUUUCCACAAGGACUUUACCCUUAAUCCCGUUGCCUACCCUCGUGAAAAGCUAGUAGCAUUUUUAGAUAAAAUACAUUCUCAGGGCAUGAAGUACAUUGUUCUAAUUGAUCCAGGUAUUAAUGUCAAUUCUACCUACGGUGUUUACCAAAGAGGCAUGGCCAGUGAUGUCUUCAUCAAAUAUCAUGGCAAGCCUUAUCUAGCCCAAGUAUGGCCAGGAGCUGUGUACUUUCCAGACUUUCUAAAUCCCAAAACUGUUUCAUGGUGGGGUGAUGAAAUCAAACGGUUCCAUGAGCUUGUCCCUGUUGAUGGCCUUUGGAUUGACAUGAAUGAAGCAUCAAAUUUCUGCUCAGGAUUGUGUACAAUACCUGAAGGUAUAAAGUGUCCCUCGGUAACAGGCCCGGGUUGGGAUUGCUGCUUAGAUUGCAAAAACAUUACAGACACAAGAUGGGAUAAUCCACCUUACAAGAUAAAUGCUUCUGGAAUGGGGGAAGCAAUCGGAUUUAAAACAAUUGCAACUAGUGCCACACACUACAAGGGAGUUUUGGAGUAUGAUGCCCAUAGUCUUUAUGGAUUCUCUCAAUCUAUUGCGACUCACAAGGCACUUGAAGGGUUACAAGGGAAGCGUCCAUUCAUAUUGACACGCUCCACUUUUGUUGGAUCUGGCCAUUAUGCUGCUCAUUGGACUGGUGACAAUAAGGGUACAUGGGAAGAUCUCCGCUAUUCUAUUUCAACCAUAUUAAAUUUUGGCAUAUUUGGGGUUCCUAUGGUAGGAUCAGAUAUAUGUGGUUUUUAUCCCGCACCAACUGAAGAGCUUUGCAACCGUUGGAUUGAAGUUGGUGCUUUCUAUCCUUUUUCAAGAGAUCAUGCAAAUUACUAUUCUCCUAGACAAGAGCUUUAUCAAUGGGAAUCAGUUGCAGAGUCUGCUAGAAAUGCACUGGGAAUGAGGUAUAAACUCCUCCCAUAUCUUUACACAUUGACAUAUGAGGCACAUACCAGUGGAGCUCCAAUUGCGCGUCCCCUGUUCUUCUCAUUUCCGCAAUACACUGAGUGUUACGGAUUAAGCACACAGUUCCUGAUAGGAAGUAGCAUGAUGGUCUCACCAGUUCUCGAGUCAAAUAAAACAAAGGUCGAUGCACUUUUUCCUCCAGGUACUUGGUACAGCAUGUUUGAUAUGUCACAAUCCAUCGUCUCAGAAGGCGGCCAAUUUGUAGAACUAGAUGCUCCAUUGCAUGUGAUCAAUGUCCAUGUUUACCAGAAUGCAAUUAUCCCAAUGCAGCAAGGCGGAAUGAUAUCUAAAGAAGCUAGAAUGACUCCAUUUAGCCUUGUGGUGACCUUCCCUGCAGGGGCUACUGAAGGUAAAGCCACAGGAAAUCUUUUCCUCGACGAAGAUGAGCUGCCCGAAAUGAAACUUGGAAAUGGUUAUUCAACUUAUGUAGAGUUCUACGCAACUGUUAGCCAAGGAAAAGUUAAAGUGUGGUCAAAUGUUCAGGAGCCCAAGUUUGCAUCAGAUAGAGGCUGGAUUAUUGAGAAAGUUACUGUAUUGGGAUUGAACGGAGCUAAAGGUACAUUUGCUGUUGAAGUUGAUGAUGCCACUGUGGAUGUAUCAAGUGUAGAUAUAACUACAACAGAAAACGAUGAUCCAAAUGGCGCCGGUGUUAUAAGAAAGAGCAAGAUGGUGGUGAUUAAAGGUUUGAAAUUGGCAGUUGGGAAAAAGUUUGCAAUGUCCUGGAAAUUGAAGGCUGAAAACUAAACCUGUUUUUUUUCUUCAUCCGGAAAGGAGAUGAGCUAAAUUUGUACUCAUCCUUUUCUACACAAACACAUGUAAGCAAGUUAAGACAAUUUCUAGAAUAAGAAUGCAAAGAGUUUGAUCA